AUGGAUUCCAAGAUGAUAUGGGAGUCCGCAGCAAAUAAAAGUGAGGACGAUAUUUGCGUGAGGAAAGGUCCAUGGACUGUUGAAGAGGACACCAUUCUCGCCAAUUACGUGACUACUCAUGGCGAAGGUCGGUGGAAUUUUGUCGCUCGCUGUGCAGGUCUGAAUAGAACGGGCAAAAGUUGCAGACUGAGAUGGCUAAACUACUUGCGUCCCGAUGUUCGGCGCGGAAAUAUCACACUCCAGGAACAGAUAUUGAUUCUCGACCUCCAUUCUCGCUGGGGAAAUAGGUGGUCUAAAAUCGCGGAGCAAUUGCCAGGGAGAACAGACAACGAGAUAAAAAAUUAUUGGAGAACCAGAGUGAUGAAGCAGGCCAAGCAGCUCAAGUGUGACGUCAACAGCAAACAGUUCAGAGACGCCAUGCAUUACGUUUGGAUUCCCCGCAUGCUGGAGCGGAUUCGGGCCUCGUCCGACUAUCAGCAUAGCUCGAGAGCAGAGUGGACAAGACCCAAUUAUGCUAAGCUCCAAGUUGCUUCGAAUUCAGGCAGCAGUGAAACAACGGAUCAUCCAACGGUAAACGGGUCGGUGUCCCAGACAGUAGAGCAGGAAGACUCGCUGGAGAAUCUAUGGAGCGAUGAGAAUAUAUGCUUCUCUGCUCUUUCAUUCUUUUCUGUGGGGCAGUGGGGCCUCUUCCACGGCCUCCGUGAAAAGUGUGAUCUCCGCGAAAUUGCUGUGUUGACGCGAAGUAGUGAAGGAAAACGGCGUUAA